GCUGCUGCUGCUGCGGAGGGAGCGGAGCGGGUUCGGAGCGGGGCGGUGGCUGCGGCGGCCGCCGCCCUCCCGCACCCGGCUCCUUUUCCUCCGGCCCUGCCCGCCCGUUACUUUCCUGCGCUCGGCUCUACGUUGGGACGGUGGGGCCGCGGGCGAGGCAGCCCUCGGGCAGCUUCGUGCGCCCCGCAGCAACUCUGGGUGUGGCGACAGCGCUCAGGAAAGAGGGAACCCGUCCCAAACUUCGCCAAACUUCCCAGACUGUAAUUUCUGCUCGUCGCAUUCUUUCAAGAUGUCCACUGUUCAUGAAAUUUUAAGCAAGCUCAGCCUUGAAGGAGAUCAUUCUCUCCCUCCAAGUGCCUAUGCCACAGUGAAGGCCUACUCCAACUUCGAUGCUGACCGGGACGCUGCGGCCCUGGAAACGGCCAUCAAGACCAAAGGUGUGGAUGAGGUCACCAUCAUCAACAUCCUGACAAACCGCAGCAAUGAACAGAGGCAGGACAUCGCUUUUGCCUAUCAGAGGAGAACCAAAAAGGAACUUUCUGCAGCACUCAAGUCUGCUCUCUCAGGUCAUUUGGAGGCAGUGAUCUUGGGCUUGCUGAAGACACCAGCACAGUAUGAUGCCUCUGAAUUGAAAGCUGCCAUGAAGGGGCUGGGAACUGAUGAAGACACACUCAUUGAAAUCAUCUGCUCCCGAACAAACCAGGAGCUCAGUGAAAUCAACAGAGUCUACAGGGAAAUGUACAAGACAGAGCUGGAAAAGGACAUCAUAUCAGACACAUCUGGUGACUUCCGCAAGCUCAUGGUUGCCCUGGCCAAGGGCAAAAGGUGUGAAGAUACCUCUGUGAUUGAUUACGAGCUGAUUGACCAAGAUGCCAGGGACCUCUAUGAUGCUGGUGUGAAGAGAAAGGGAACUGAUGUCCCCAAGUGGAUCAACAUUAUGACUGAAAGAAGUGUUCCCCACUUGCAGAAAGUGUUUGAGAGGUACAAGAGCUACAGCCCAUAUGAUAUGUUGGAGAGCAUCAAGAAGGAGGUUAAGGGAGAUUUGGAGAAUGCCUUCCUCAAUCUUGUCCAGUGCAUUCAGAACAAGCAGCUGUAUUUUGCAGACAGACUGUAUGAUUCCAUGAAGGGCAAGGGAACCCGGGACAAGGUCCUGAUCAGGAUUAUGGUGUCCCGUUGCGAGGUUGACAUGCUGAAAAUCAAGAGUGAAUUCAAGAGGAAAUAUGGAAAAUCUCUCUAUUAUUUUAUCCAGCAAGACACAAAAGGGGAUUACCAGAGGGCACUGCUGAACCUGUGUGGUGGAGAGGACUGAAAACUGUGAUGGAAGAAACCCAAGUCCAGAGAAAUGCCUUUUUUGCUCUUCAUUUUACUGUAAUCCUAGAAAACCUGAAUUUCCUAGCUACCGUUGAGUUGCCCUUUCCCUGCCAGAGCCCUGCUGCAGUUUGCUCCCCUGCGCUGUGCAUGCCCCUCUCGGCAGCUGUGCUUGGCUCUGCCAAAGCUCCUAACAGUGUAUCCAGAGACACUAACCCUCCAGGAGACAUGGGCUCACACGUGCUUGUGAAAAGCUCUGCCUCUCUGUGCAAUGUUUCUAAUAAAACAAAUAAAAUGACAUUUUACUUUAA